CAGCCACUUUGUGCGCGCCGCUUCGAUCGCUCAUUAUUCCGUCCACAUGCAUGGGCAACGAGCAAUUCUGACGUUUUUCCUAGAUAGUGCACGUGAUAACGCCGUAUGACUAAGCUGCCCUAUCGUGGUGUCUGCCAGCCCCAAGAUCGUUCAUCAUCACCAACAAUCAGUCAGCAACCACACCUUGCAAGCCCUCAUCCAAUAGAAGCCGUAGUAGAGUCGACAUCUUGUCAAGGCCAUAUACUCACUUUCAGCGAAAUCAUCCCAGGCGAGAGAAGACUCGGCCCAGCACAAUCACCCUGGCGCUCCAGCGCGUGCAAAGGAGCAAGGCAAAAUUAGGAUAGGACAGGACAGGACAGGUAUCUUGACUUGACCGUAAGUGCUCUAGUCAAUCAAAACCCACCGUCCUCAGAAGAGCAAUCCGUUCAACAUGUCCUUGUCUGGACAGUCAGGCUCAAACACACCGACACCGACACCGCAACCGCACGCCUCGCUUCCCGCACGUCCCACGGGCCCCCUCCCCUCUCUCAGCAAAGCUUCCUUUGGCAGCGGUUAUGGAGGCGACAUCAGCGCCCAAGGCCAGUCUGCUGGCAGUGCCUCCGCGUCCAUGUUUAGGCCGCGCGCGGUAGCAGCGUCUGCGGGACAAACCGCCACGAGCCGUAACUGGCAGCAACCACAGCUUUACUCGCCUGCGACCGUGUCUGCGCCUGCGAUCUCUUCGCCGGCAGUGGGCGCCUUCCCGUCGACUGCCGCGUAUCCAGUUCAACCGGAUUACAAUGCGCAGCAGUACGCGAAUUACUACUCGUCCGCUGGCUACGGCAACCCGAGCCCAGCGCCCGCACCGCAGAUCAAGAAUCCAUUCGCACCGCCACCUCAAGCUGGCGGCGCAAAUGGUUAUACUGGCCCUACGCACGAUCCCGAAUACGAAGCGCAGAUGCAGCAGUGGCAAGCAGCAUAUAUGGGCAAGGACGAUGCUGCGAAGAAACCAGAGGGCAACGCGAAUCUAACACCCAUCGCUGCGCGGCCUGCAAACAUCGGUCCUGUGCUGAGCAGCUCUGAGAUUGCGGCUGUGGCACCGACGGGUUCCAAAGCUGCGGCUGUGAUCAAGGGCCCCGACGGCAGGCAGGCCACGGUCGUGCGCUCAGGAGGUGGCAAAACGUGGACGGACGAUUCUCUGCUCGAGUGGGAUCCUUCGCACCCUCGCCUGUUCAUCGGCAACCUCGCUGGCGAAGUCACAGACGAUUCGUUGUACAAAGCGUUCUCCAAGUAUCCGUCCAUUGUUAAGACCAAGGUUGUGCGCGAUCGGCGCACGACCAAGAGCAAGGGCUACGGAUUUGUUAGUUUUCGCGACGCGGACGAUUAUCUCAAAGCAUUCAAGGAAAUGCAGGGCAAAUAUAUUGGCAGCCACCCUGUGCUCAUCAAGAAGAGCAAUACGGAGAUCAAGGUAGUCGAUCCGAAGAAAGGCCAGAACCAUCAGAAGGGUGGGAAGAAUGGCAAAUUUGGGGGUAAGAAUAGAGAUGCGACCGGAGCGCAUACCGGAGCGGGCGUAAAGAAGAAUCAGAACAAAACGAGGGAUGGGAUGGUAUUGUUGGGAUGAGGUGUUCCUCGUCGCCCGUCUAUGGCCUACGAAUCGAAUUUUAGAACCAGGAAUUCGAGCAAAAUGCCCACUGUCAACACAGGGACGAAAAUACAAGGCUGACGCAACGCACGUCUACGAGGAAAACCGAGUGUGUCAUUGACUGACACCCAUGAACGUCACGACGAAGCAUAUCCAGUGGCUUGCGCAUCGGGGCCGCGCUACCGCGGCUCGAAGAUCGCUAUGAUAUCUACACUUUUCACGUCGACAAAGAAGGUAGUCUAGACGCGAAUGCUCAAGCAACCAUGUCGUAACUUCCCAAUGUAUGCUGCCGUAACCCACGUAGUGAUAGA